AUGUGCCUCCAUGUCGAUCAACCUCAUGCAGUUAAGCUCAUUUUGUGCAGAGCUUGCAGGUGUCUUAGAUAAAAAAGGUAGGCUGUGAUAAAGAUAAUUAUAUAAUCCACCACGAAAGCGAAGCUGUACUUUAAAGGUUCGGCUCAAUAUAAAAUAAUUUGCCGAACAUUCGACAUCAAGAUGAACAACACCAGCAGUAGCGCGAAUGAAACGAUGAUUUUCGAACUAUACCAGAGUACGGCUGCAAUCAUCGGGUAUGCGCUAGCGUAUGGAAUUCUUGGCCUCCUCGGAUUGGUUGGGAACAUCAUGGUACUCAUGGUUGUAUUCAUGAACAAAUCCAUGCGAACAACAACUAAUAUCCUGUUGGUCAACCUAUCGUCCUCCGAUAUCGUUUACACUCUCCUUGGCAUGCCAGGGUAUAUGAUAACUGAUAUUUGUAAUCAACGCUGGAUACUUGGUCGGGCAAUGAUUAUGAUUUGUCAUGGAGUAAGCAUGCUUUCUAUAGCUGCAUCUGCGUUAACGUUAAUAGCUAUCGCAUUUGAAAGAUAUUUAGCGAUUGUCUACCCGUUAAAAGACAGAGUGAGGAACAAGAACAAGGCCAGAUUUUGGAUGCUAUUUACUAUUUGGGUCUUCUCCGUCGCUAUUGCCUCGCCGUAUUUCAUCACAUCAACAACAAAAACCGUGCCGCUGCAUGUUAGAGAAAACGGCAAAAUAACACUUCGAAACAUUAAAUUUGUUGACGUUGAAAUGAAUGUACUCGAGUGGCGAGUCUAUUACAUGAUAAUGUUCGUUUGUUUACAUGUUUUUCCGUUUGUAUCGCUUGGAAUUUUGUAUAGUGGAAUAGCUCGCAGCAUACGGAAACCCGAUAAGCGACUGAACGAGACUGAACCUGUUGGCGAAGCCAGAAACCAGACCGUGUCGGGGAUGUCAGAACGAAAUCGCCGUAAGACAACAUUAAUGGUGAUCGCCAUCCUUGUUGGGUUUUUCAUAUGCUAUUUCCCGUUCCAUUUGUUAUAUAUUAUUAACAUGCUCUUUAAGGAUGUGGAAAAUCAUAGAGUUAUUAUAGUGUCAUCUCUAAGGAUAGUGAUAUCCUUAAACACAGCUUUGAACCCCAUCAUAUACAGCCUAUUGAGCAAACGAUUUCGUGACAAAUUUCGUGCCAUUCUGUCGUGUUGUCAGCACAAGAAACAUAAUGGACGUGGUAUCAGUACGACGCGUGCGCGUAUUAUUCCAGUGUGAUUAUGCUGUUGAUAAAGUUUGUCUGUCUUAAAGUUUGUUUGCAUGUCUUUAUCUUGAACUCAAUCUCUUGGAGUUUGUUUCGAAAUCAUUAUCCGCGUCAGUCUCAGGAAGUACUACAUGCAGAAGCGACAUGAAGACCCGCGAGGGCAAAAAUAUUGAACUGUCUUUUUAAGUAUUCCAAACAUUAACCUAUAUAGUCGUGAUACUAUAACAAU